AUGCAUGUACGUGCCCUGCACUCCAGUCGGAUGUGCUGCAAGGCGGCGACUAUUGCUUUCGAUGAGCUCGAGACACGCUCUUUUUCGAUAAUCGCACAUAUUGACCAUGGAAAGUCGACGCUCGCAGACCGACUGCUGGAACUUACAAACACAAUUCCCAGCGACUCAUCGAACAAGCAGGUACUUGACAAGUUGAAAGUCGAGCGUGAACGAGGCAUUACUGUCAAGUCUCAGGCAGUGAGUAUGUUGUAUCAACCAGCAGGCCAGCGACAACCGCUUCUACUUAAUUUGAUCGAUACACCAGGUCACGUCGACUUUGCGUAUGAAGUGCGCCGUAGUCUUUCGGUGUGUCAAUCUGCACUUCUUGUGAUCGAUGCAACGCAAGGAGUACAGGCACAAACCAUUUCCGUCUACAAAAUUGCACAGCAGUGUGGUCUGACGAUCAUCCCUGUGCUUAACAAGGUCGACUUGCCUGCAUCAGACCCAGAGCGGUGUUUUUCGCAGCUUCAAGAUAUCCUUUCACUCGAUACCUCCGUCCACAAACCACUUCUUGUGAGUGCCAAGACAGGGAAAGGAGUCGAUCAAGUGCUGCAGGCAUUGGUCGAGCGUACAGAGCCACUCGGGGGUGCUCAGAAUAUGUCCUCUGAAAACCGACAGCCGCGUGGUCUUCGCGCGCUGAUUUUUGACAGCUGGUACGACCAGUACCGCGGCGUCAUUGCGCUUGUAAGCGUAAUGGACGGUGCCAUCCGCAAAGGUGAUAGUGUGGUGGCUUUUCACAGUGGCAAGAGGUAUGAUGUACUCGAUCUGGGAAUCAACAACCCGGAGCCUGUUUCUGUGCCGAUUUUGCGGAAAGGCCAAGUUGGCUGGCUUAUUACGACAAUGAAAGAAACGGAAGAGGCGAGCAUCGGUGAUACAUUCUACCGUGCUGGCGAGCGUGUGCAGCCGCUGCCUGGAUUUCGACCAGCUUUGCCAACCGUUUUUGCUGGCAUUUUCCCCACAGAUAAGAGUGAGUUUCUCAAGUUGGAAGACGCGAUCCAACGACUGUGCAUCAAUGACCGCUCCAUUACGCUACAGAAAGAGACCAUGUCUGCUUUGGGCCAAGGAUACAGGCUGGGUUUUCUUGGCACGUUGCAUCUCGAUGUGUUUCGCCAGCGCCUUGAAGACGAAUACGGCCAUGAAAUUCUCGUGACAACGCCGACGGUGCCAUUCCGUAUCACGUACAACGAUGAGACGCAAGUACUUUGCUCGAAUCCCGCUGAUUUUCCGGAUGAAGCUACGAAAAAGACGCACGUCGCAUGCCUAGAAGAGCCCACAGUCAUUGGCUCUCUUGUGUGCCCAGAAGAAUACACUGGUGCGAUGAUGGAUCUAUGUGCCGAGCACCGUGGUGAACAGCUCGACAUUGAAUUUUCGACCGCAGGCCUGUCUCAAGUAUAUAUGCAAUACCGACUACCACUGGCGGAAAUUGUCACAGACGUACGUCCCAAAGCGAACCGCAUCUUGACAUGCUCGAAUAUGACUAACGCGCCUUCUCCUCCUACGGCAGUUUUUUGA